AUGACUAUUUUCAGGAAGUGCAAAUCUUCUGCUACUACCUCUUUGAAUAUGUGGUACGCAUUGCCGAAGCUUCUCAUAUUCUUCUGUUUUUUCACCACCUUUCUUUUGACCUCAGUUUCAUCCUCUUUACCACCUCCCAGUCCCAUCUCUUAUUCUCAUCAUUGUGAUUCAUUUGUUCCCCAGUCAACCCCAAGAAGAUAUUCAGAGUCAGACAAUCACAUUCACCAGUACCAUACAGGUUACUACACUGGUGGUGGCAGUGGUAUUCUUAGUCAAAGCCCAUCAUAUCUGCCUCAUGAUGAGCCCCCAAAUAUAAUUGGAUUUAACAUCUCGGGGGCUCAAACAACUGAUGUACAAGGCUUAUUCAUGAUUCAAGGAAGUCUUCGAUUUCAAAGAGACAGUGUGUUUACCUAUGUGGGAAAUGCCACAAGUCAUCUACGAUAUCCUGGUGUCAUCUAUAACAGGUCUCGAUCAAUUUCCAGUCGAAAAAGUUCGAUAGGAUUUAAACUAGAGGGGUUCUGGUCAGAACCUUCUGGGAAGCUGUGCAUGGUUGGAUCAAAUUAUGAUUACUUGGGACAUGGUCGUUGGCUUUAUGUUCCUGCUGUUCUUAAGCUGUAUAAUCUCAUUAAUUCUACUAGUGUUACUAGUUUGAUUAGUGGAACCUUAGAGAGCUUGGUGAGUUCUGAGAAUGAUCCAAGUUAUUUUGGACCAGUCUCUAUUUUGAUGCUUCCUCGUAUGAACUACGAGUACUCUUUGGUUUCAAAUAAAUCCGAUGACACUAGUACUGAUGGAAAUUAUAUUCAACCGAGCUCUUUGCCAAUAGAGACAUUUUGUUCAGUACUUUCAAGACAAAGAAGACAUGAGUUUGAUCUCAAAUAUUCAAGCCAUUGCGUAUUGGCAAAGAACUGCACUCCAUUAGCUGUGUCUGAUUUACCUCGUGUGGUGUCGUUGAAGAGUAUUGAGUGUUCUGAGGAUAAACGAAGGUUGAGAGUUCUGGUAAUAUUUGCAGACAGUAGAAGUGUAUGGUAUGAGAAACCUUUCAAUCCCAAUACAACAUUGGUUGGGGAAGGGUCAUGGGAUGCAAAGAAAAAUCAGAUUCGUGUUGUUGCGUGUCGAAUCUUAAAUGCAACUGAGUCCUUUACAAAUAGAACUCAUGUGGGUGAUUGUUCAACAAGACUGAGCUUGAGAUUUCCUGCAGUAUGGACAAUCGGAAACACGAGAAGCACUGUGGGGAAAAUUUGGGGCAACAAAACUGUGACAGAGUUGGGUUACUUCGAAAGCAUUUCAUUUGAAAGUCCUGAGAAUGAUUUCAGAAGGGUUCUACCUCCAGGCUUGAAAUAUGAGUACACUAAAAUGGAAACAGUAACCAAGUUGUGCCCAAGAAAGAAAGCUGCUCAUGGCAAAACCAACAUAUAUCCGAAUCCAUUUUCUUAUGACAUGCGCUUUGACAUGUCAGUGAAAAAUUCUAAAGGAGAAGCUGCAUGGGGCAGUGCCAUCCCUAUCUCCGUCGGAAACUGGUUUUACCAGCAUUAUCCGCAUUCAAAUGAAGUUCCAAAAUCAAGUGCAAGGAUUGGACAAUUAGCAGCUCCUGUGAGUUACAGCUACAACAACAGCUUCCCUGUCAUAUCAGCUACCAAAUAA